AUUCUGUUGAAAACCCAACUGUUACCAAGAGACAAGAGGAUCCUUUUUGGUAGAGGCUCGUUUUCCCAGCACAUUACUUAGCUUUUUGUGGCAUGCUUUGAGUCUUCUUAUAAAUAUAAUAUUUCAGGAGUUCUUGAGUAGUUUAAUAAGGGCUGUCCAUUUCAGAAGAGAUGCAUUUCACGUGGGUAAGAAAGAGAUUGGAUGGUGAGAUGUGAUGUUGUAUUUGUUUGCUUGGAAUGGGAAGGAGUUUUCUAUGCAGACACGUGAGAGCAUCAGAAAUAAUUUUUUCUUAGAAUAGUGAAACCAGGAAAACAAAUCACUUACAUAUAACGUUUAAAGGACCCUCACUGAAUUCUAAGAGUCUGGCAAGUACUAUUCAAACAUUUUACUGUUGUGUGUAUGUGCAUUCUUUACAGGCUUUGCUCAGUUGGGGGGGAUUUUAGACUGCAAUUAGAUUUAGGAAUGGAGUUUCUUUGUUGAGAUUUGUUGAGAUUUAUUUCUCAAAGGAUGGAUCAAGUCAUUGUUUAGAGAAGAGAAAACUGCAUUGGAUUUAAAUUCAAGAUACUGUUCUGUUUUUUUAGCACAUUUUGAUUUUUGAUGUUCAAUAUUUUGACUGUGAUUAGUGAUUCUUUGUAAGUAUUAUAUGAGGAAAUUGUUUAAAGUGCAGUUUUAUCUGAAGUGUUUAACUGUAUCGGCAAUAGCAGCAAUAUUUUUUGUUGGAAACACUGUUAAAAGAAGUGAUGCCUUCCCAUUAUACUCAGCAAGCACUAACGGUUCUAAGCCUGUUUGGUGUCUUGGCUGCCAUUAUGGCCUCUCUUUCAGUCAUACUGAUCUUUCGGGUCCAGGACUCAGUGAGACAGGGGGAAUUUGGGGCGGGUUUGGGCCCAGGAGCUGGUAGGUUCUUGCUGCCAGCUUCUGCAGUCUUGGCUGCACUUUGUCUUGCCCUCAAUGCCAGUUGCCUUCUACUCUGUCUGCUUCAUUCGUACUUCACCGCUGAGGUUGGCAGAGAUGACCCCGAGUCUGGAAGGGGUGACUGGUUCCUGUUGGACAACCGCAGUGUAAGGCAAUCUGCAAUCUGCCUGUUCUGUCUUGGAAUUGCUGUGUAUUUAGCAGCUGUGUCUCUCUAUAUGCUGAUAUUGUUUGAGAUAGAGACGGGGAUAGCCAGCUCCUGUAUUUUGACAUCAAGCGCUAUUUUUAUGACAGCUGUCGUAGUACAUACUCUGCACAAAGCCUCCCAGGCAACACGUCAAAGCCAUGAUCAGCUAAACAGCACUCUCUAUGAAAAUGAUUCAGCCCAUGAUGAGGAACUUACAGACUCUGCCCCCUCCAGCGACCUUAACAACAGCAAAGAGCUCUCCCCUGUGCGUCCCCGUCCUGAGAUCCAUCGUGAGUUCUCCUAUCCACCCUUUCUUCAACAGCAGCAGAAACUACAAUCACUUUCACCUCCACACAGCAAUAUGACUGCAAUAAGCCAAGGGGAGCAUCACAUUAAAAACAAUGGAGCGGAGAGUUACAUCAUACCUAGGAUGCAUCGAACACUAUCUGUUGAAUCUGGCCUCAUGCAGCCAAACCCCAAAAUCUGGAAUGGAGUAGCCCAGGAGAUGAGAAACGUGGUACCAAGAAAACCAGGAGUAGUGGGAAAAGAUUCAACACUAGUGUAAACGCUGUAACUACCAAAUUCCAUAAGUAAUUAUUAUAGCUGAUAUGACUAUAUCAGAUAAAGUGACUGUGAAGGACACUGUAAUGUUACCAAUGCAUUUUUAGAACUAUUGUUUUUCACAGUGCAUAGUAAUGUAAAUGUUCACAUGGCCUUAGAUAUACAACUGAUUGUAUAAACUAGAUCAAAUGCUGAAGUUAAAAACAUUUUUUGGUAAAUUGUGUGCUGGAAGAAGAAAAGUGUGUGGUUACAAUUCAUAUGAUUGUUUUCAGAAAAACCAUUAAUAGAUGAAUGCACUACUAGGGAAUAUUAAAAAGUAAUCAACUAAAAAAGAGGUAAGCUACCGCUUAUAAUAGCACAAACCCUAUUCAUUCAGCUAAUGUUGAAAAAGGGACAUUUUUUUUGCAUGUUAUCUUAAUAUUAGCAGACAAAUAAAACAGGUCAUGAUGCUACAUUCACCCAUAUAAUCCCAGGUGGGUUGUUAUGGGAAAUGGAUAGAAUUCUUAAAGAGGCAAUAGUAUGGUAUUUAUGUAUGUAAUCAUGGAACCAUCUAACCCCAAGUACAUUUUGAAUAAUCAUCAGUGCCAACAAAUGCAUAUUUUAAAUGCAAUUAAUAUGGGUAUUGUGCAGGAAUAGAAAAACAGUAAA